UGGCAGCCAUCAGCUGCGUCGCCGACGCACUCAGUUCCUUCAUCCCACCCGCAAUUACGACGCUGAGGCUGCUCUGUCGACGAUGUCCGGGCUUUCGUUUUCCUUCUCGAAGUUCCUUCCGACAGGCGCUUCGCGCGAGCGCAUGCCCUCCGAUCCGCUUUCGCAUCUGAGAUUUGUCCUGGAGACCAUGCCGGGGUCGCGAAAAUAUGUAUUCACACCAGCAACGCGUGCAGAGAUCCUCUCAGAACUAUACGAGGCGUUCUGGGGCCAAUAUUCACACCUGUUCCUGCCGGACACCAACGCGAGCUUGCCGCUGCACGCGACGCUGAGCGAAGUGCAAGUCGCUCAAGACUUCUGUGGUGCCGCGCAGCCGGACCCAAUCAUUCCAGGGAGACCGUGUGGGCGGAUAUUCAGGAAGGGGGAGACAUGUUACCGAUGCAAAGAUUGCGCGACGGACGAUUCGGUUGUUAUGUGUCUACGAUGUUUCAGGGCGACGGACCACAGCAAUCACAACGUCAGUUUCUUCAUCGCGCAACAGCCCGGCGGGUGCUGCGACUGCGGGGACGACGAAGCAUGGCGCGAGUCCAUCGGCUGCCCCUUCCACCCUCCCGCAGACACUCCAUCACAAGACAUGAGACCCACUCUGCCUACUGAGGACUACCUUGCCGUCAAGGACUACCCCUUCCGCAUCGACGUGCCGCAGGAGCUACAGCAGACUAUGCGGCGAACAGUCGGCUAUGCGCUCGACUUCAUCAUCGACACGCUGGACUACUCGCCCGAGGAGCCCUCCGUGCCCGCCAACGAAGCCGAACUCUGCGUGCAGCCGUCAGCGGACCCCAUGACGAAGGAUGUGUUCUCGAUCGUCCUCUGGAACGACGAUAAACACUCGUAUGACGAGGUCGCGAAGGUCCUGCGCGAUCUGCUGGGGAGGAGCCGCGAGGAAGCCUCAGAGAUCCUGCGGAAUAUGGAGGAGAACGGGCGCGAGGUCAUCGAGAUGAACUCCAAUGCGACGCGUAUGCUCGAGAUCGCACAAACCAUCACGCAGAUCGACCUUGGCGUCACUAUACGGCGCGCGUACGAUACAUUCCGCGAGCAAGUCGUCGGCGUGAUCAUCGAGUGGUUGCUCGACUUGACGCGAUGUCGAAUGGGUCAGGACGCCCUCAUCCUCCGCGAGAUAGUCGCGGCGGAACUCAUGUCUGCGCAGAGGAAGGAGAACAUCUCAUUCGCAUCAUCUACCAGCAAUCGCCUUUCAUUGAAAGAUGUACCCAAUCCUAAACGCCUAGACAUGCUUUUCCUAUACCACACUCGUCUUUGGAAGAAGCCGAGAUUGAGCUUGAAGGAGAUAUACGCGUCGGUCGUGUCCAUCAGCAAGGAGCACAAGCUGGCAGUAGCUGGGCACUUUGCCAACGUAUACCACCGCAUCAUCGACGCAUACCUGCUGGUCGACCGCGAAGCCGAAACAUCUAUCAAGUACUUCGCCCUCCAGCUCUUCACCACCCCCACGGUCGCCAGCCACCUUGCGCGCCAGCAUAAGAUCGUCACCCGCAUCCUCGCCAUCAUCACUUCCUUCUUCACCAACCAGAUCGUCGACAAGCGCAUCGUAUACCCGCCCGCGGCCGGCGCCACCAUCGACGUCGACAGCUUCCCCUUCAAAUCGAAGCGCUUCAUGCCCGUGUUCAGCGACCUGCGCUACUUGUGUCACUGCGAGCCCGUGCAGCAGCAAAUCGCGCGCAAUCGGGAGUACCUCGCGCAGUUCGCGAAGACAUGCCAGUUGUUCAUGUGCGUGAACCCGAACAAGCGCGCGGCGACGAACCAUGUGGAGUACGAGACGGAUGCGUGGAUCAGCGUGUUCAACGUUACCCUGUCGCUUUCGCGGGUGAUCAAGGUGUACGGGGAGGCGUUCUCGCAUGGCGGCGUGGCGGAGCUCAUUGCGGCGAUCUCGACGAUCAUCCACCACAUCCUGAUGGUGUGUACGUUGUCGGAAAAGCGGCUGGACAGGACGAAGUUCCAUCCCAUCGCGUUCCAUGAGGUUGUCUUCGGCGGCAACUCGUAUAAUGUCAUCGAUUUCAACGUGCUCGAGGGUUGGAUCAGCUUCCACCAUUCUUUGCACUGGCUGCUCGCGGAGCUCUUCAAACAUGUCGACUUGCUAUCUGAGGAGUCGUUGAAGGCGGUCGGGCUCACUAGCGUGCGGGAAGUCGUCCUCCGCUACGCGAGUGAGCAGGCAAUCCUGACCGUCAUCGACUUCCCAUUACGAGUGCUCGCCAUGAUCGCUCAGAUACGAACUGGUCUUUGGGUCCGCAACGGCUUCGCUAUCCGUGGUCAGCUGCUGCACUACCGUGACUUCAUGUUGCGCGAGCUCUGCUACGAUCAGGACCUCUUCAUCCUCCAGACCGCCUUCAUCAUCCUCGACCCCGAGACCGUGCUCGUCACCAUGCUUGACCGCUUCGGGCUCACCAGCUACUUCUCUGGCGUCGUCACCCAUCCGGUGUACGACGGCGGGCAGUUGGGCGGCAUGGUUGAGGAGUUACUAUACGUGCUCAUCACGGUGCUCAGCGAGAACGCGAAUGCGUCGCGCCUGCCAAUACGCUUCGCUGUCCGCCGCGAGAUCGUGCACGCGCUUGCUAUGGGCCCGGCGUCGUUCACCGACCUGGUGAAACGCGUGGCGGAGCGCUUGGUCGACGACACCUGCUUUGAGGGCGUGCUGCACGAGGUGGCAAACUUCAAGGCACCGGAGGCGACGACGGAUAUCGGUGUGUACGAGCUCCGCGACGAGUGCUUCGACGAGGUCAACCCGUUCUUCUACCACUACACGCGGAACAAGCGUGAAGAGGUCGACCAGAUCUUGCGCGCGCGGCUCAAGAAGAAGACGGGGCAGACGGACCCCGUCAUCACGCCCAAGCCGUGGGGUGUCAACUUUGGGCCCUUCGCCAACUUGCCUGUGACGUUCGAGUCAGAUGUGCUGCUUCAGAUCGUAUUCUACGCGGUGUUCAACGUGCUCGUGUUGACCGAGUCCGCGGGCGCGACGCCACCGUCGGCGGAGGCGAUCUUGGACCAGGUGUUGCACAUGAUGAUGCUCGCCAUCGUUGAGCGCCCGACGGUGUUUGCGGAGAAGGCGGUGACGAAGACAUUUGAAGAGAAGAACUUGCUGGACGUACUCUGCGCGCUGGAGCGCAACGACUUGUACAAGACAUAUCGGCCACGCAUCGACUGGAUCCUGUCGCGGAUCGAAGAGCGUGGCAUGUCCGGUGAGGUCGCGCGGCGGCGGCAGGCGCACGAGGGAACGAAGCCAGCGGAGGACCCGGAGGAAGUGAAGAAGCGCGCAGCAAAGGCGCGGCAGGAGGCGAUCAUGAAGCAGAUGAAGGCGCAGCAGGCGAGUUUUGCGGUGAACUUCAACGACCUGGAUGACGAUGAGGACGAGGAUAUGGAGGAUGCGACGCAGGAGGCGACGUCGUAUGGGACGUGUAUCGUGUGCCAGGAGGACCUCAACGCCAACAAACCCUUCGGCGCGUUGGGUCUUGUUCAGCCGAGUCGGUUUAUGCGGCGACAUCCGGACGCGAAUCCGGCCUACCUCAACGAGGUGUUGCAGACCCCACCGUCACUGGAUCGUCCGAUCCAGACGAAACCUCCCAGAUUCCCGCCUGAAGAAGCUUUCUCGCGGACGCCUCCACCAUUACCGCCACCAAACCUAGACGCCUUCCAACCAAGUUUCACCCGCUUCGGUCUUCACUCCUCAGUUUGCAGCCACAUGAUGCACCUUGAGUGCUUCCAGGUGUACAGCGUCUCCAUCCGCCAGCGACACCGCGCGCAGACCACCCGCAACCACCCGGAGAGCAUCCCGCGGAAAGAGUACAUCUGCCCGCUCUGUAAGAGCCUUGGCAACGCCAUCUUCCCUGUCAUCGACGCGCAACCCACUCCCGUUAGCCCACUCCCCUUUCCGGACUGGAUCCGCUCCGCCAGCAUCAGCAUCCUCAAGUCCAAGCCGGAUCCGCAGCUUGAGUCGCUCCAGUUCCGCAAUGGCACUGGCGAAUUCGUCUUCUGGGCGGCGCAGGACCCCGCGUACAGCACGGCCAUCCGCGCCGCGGACAAGCCUGACGCUGCCGAGACGCACAAGAUGCUCGACACUGUGAUGCACAUCUGCAAGUCCGUGUCCGCGCAGACUCGACAUCUUCGCGACCGCCCGGAGCCCGAUGCAGGCGAGCGUGGCGCUGGGAUCUACCUACCUGAGGAGCUGCUGGGCUACACGAUUGCGUCGAUGGAGAUCGCGCAGCGCGGACAGCAGGGCACGCAUGCGGUGGUGGCGGACUGCUUGUCGGAACCUCAAGCGCGGAUGAUCCGCGGUCUGCUUACUUGCUUGCAGAAGCUUGCAGCCUUGCACCUGAAGGGAAGGCUUGAUGAAGGGCGGGAGGCGGUCCAGCACGCGAUCAUCAAGCGCUUACUGCCAGAAUGGAGUCGUACAUCGCUGACAUCGUUCUCAUACCCGCUGCUGUUACGCGACCCCUUCACGGUGCUCGUCGAGACUGCGGCAAUCGCGCCCGAGAUGCUGCAGUAUGUUCUGGUCCUCACAUACUACGCCUGCCUCGCGCGCACCGUCAUCGGCCUCGUCUACGUGCUCAACAAGACGCGGAGCGUAGCGACAAUGCAGCUCACGCGGCGGCAGCACGAAGGCAUCUUUGGCGACGUGCGCAUGUUCUUCAUGUCCGUCGUUCGCCACUCGCCCGUCUUCGAGCACACCGCGACGCUCGUGUUCGAGACCUUCGGCGAGGCGCGUAUUGAGCGGCUGCUCUACGCGUUCACGCUUCCCUUCCUUCGGCGCGCGUCCAUCCUCUGCCGCGCGGCUCUGCCCAGACAGUUCGCUGUGCCCGAGGGCGCGGGCAUGAGCGCCGAGUGCGAGUACUCGCGGCUGCUCACCCUGCUCGGCAUCCCGCCGCUCGCAGACCUCCCCCGCCAGGACACGCUCCAGAACGCGCUGUCCGGCUGGUGCGCGCACUACGGGCACUCGCAUGCCGCGGCGCAGCUCAACUGCGGGGUCGUGCUCGACUACCCGGUGGUCUACCAGCUCGCGCGGCUGCCCGCCAUGCUGGACACGCUGUUCAUCGACCAGGAGCGGACGAUGCGGUGUGCGAGCUGUAAGAUGGUGCCGGCGGAUGCGGCGCUGUGUUUGCUAUGCGGGACGGCGUGCUGCUUGCAGAGCGACUGCUGCAAGGACACGGAGGGCGGUGGGGAGCACGGGGAGUGCAACAUGCAUAUGAGGGAAUGCGGCGGAGCUAUCGGCGUGUUCUUCCUCGUCAAGCGCUGUGCGGUGCUCUACCUUUACGCCAACAACGGCGCGUUCACGCCGUCACCGUACCUCGAUGCGCAUGGCGAGAUGGACUCGUCGAUGAGACGCGGUCGUCGCCAGUACCUACACCAUGCGCGGUGGGAGGACAUCCGCAAGAUAUGGCUGAAUCAUGGGAUACCGACGCUCAUCGCGCGCAAGCUUGAGAGUACGGUGGACUCUGGAGGGUGGGAGACACUGUGAGGUGCAAGUAGCAUCGCGAGGGCGAAGGAGCCCACGUGUGAAGGAAGAAGUAAUGUAUUCCUGUUGUCCUUUCCUCUGCUAUCCAAACGCAAUGUAAUCUUCUCUGCAUCAUUCCCAUUCUCUGUAGCCUAAUCAUUUGUCUGCUUCGAGCUAUAGCAUAGAAUAUUCUCCCUCUCCCU